AUGAAAGAGUAUGGGACACUUAUGUUUUUUUCUUUGGCGGGGUUGAUAUUGUUUUUGGCUUUUACAGAAAGGGUGGAGGCUGUCAAAUGUGUUAGAAUCCAAAAGGAUGGAGAGGUUGAUGAUAAGGUGGCUGUGAUGAAGGCUAAUGAUGACCUCUUGGUAAAAAAUCAUAAGUGGAUGAUAUGCAACAGGAGCGAAAGAAUAGGUGGAGCAAAUGAAAUGUUAUGGCUUUGUGAUAUUUCAAGCGAUGAGCAACCAACAGACCUCAUUACAAACAGAUUCAAUUGGAGUAGUGGAGGUGAUAUAUCCUUUUGUAAAAGGAAAGUGCAUGAGAGACGGAUGGAGCUAGACCGUGAAGCCGAACAGCUACGGGGGCGAAUUGGUGGGAAAGACAAGGAAGUUGUGCGCCUUCGGGCAGCGUGCACACAGGUGGAUCGAGAAAAGAAACAGUGCGAAGAGGAUAUUGGGAGAAUGGCUGGUUCCGAAGGCAAGGUAAGGAGCCUUCAGGAUGAAAAAAAACGAGUGGAUGCACUUUUUAAACAGGAAGAAAAAGAGUGUGAAAACAGGAAAAUAUGGACAGAGGGGAAUUACAAAGAGAGAUUGGAGAAAGUCUUAGAUGAAAUUCAAUACGUUAAGAGAGCAAUAGAGCUGAAGGAACAACAGCUGGAAAAACUUGGAAAUAAUAAUUGUCCCGCAUGUGACGCUGGGACUUGUUGGGAUGAUGUGCACAUAAAGGAAAAUUUGGAUAAAUUAUAUGGAAAAGAUGGAUGGAAAAAAUCAGGUGUUAAAUGCGGGGUGUCACAUGAGGGUAAUGAGGAGAGUAAUUCAAAAUAUAAUGAAAACAUGUAA